UCAACAAAAACAACAAAUUCAGAACGGGGAUGGUCCUCUGGAAGAUGGAGGGGAUGAUGGGAACUCGGGAGAUGUGACUGGGUUGGCCUCUCUCGACCGGCUGAUGCGGGAGCUGAUUCCAACCACAAGACCAACGGAUAAGACGGACUGGGAAAGCGAGCUAUCAUCAUCAUCAUGAAACACCCUCGGGCUUUCGUCUUUUUUCAUCUUUUUUUCCCUUCAUAUUUUCUUUUCGCGUACCCUUCGGACGGAACCUACUUUUUUUGUUGGAGGUGUUCGUCACUUCCUUGGAUUCACUUGCUAGGCUGCAAGUCCGGGCACAUCCAACAAUCAGGCUCGCCCAACAUGUCUGGCUGCAUAAAGCUAGGGGGAAACACAACACAAGCACCCAGCAGACCCAGCACACAACAGUACCCCGAUAGCAUGAACAGCAUGCCAUUAACCGUGCGAUAUGGCCCGUGCAGACCUCGUCAAGGAAUCCCUGUAGCGAGCAUAACGAGUUUCCGAGUUCUGAACUGUUUGCAUAUACUGAAUAUUUUCACAGCCCUUCUUCUUGGCCUCCGCGAUCUAGCCCCGGCCUUUCUUUGGCUCUCUCACACUGGCACACCGCCUGGAAGGAGAGAGACUGUCCCGGAGUACCUCUCACUCCGCAACUCCCUGAAACCGCCAGGGUGUAUCCAAGAUCCAAGACCGCGAUUCAUAGGGAAUAACACGAAGUUCUCUCUUCCUUUGACAGAACCAACCACCAGCUGUUCCGACCAUGUCUUCAGUCCUUCACCCUUGAACUCAUUCACUGUACACCGGCCGCCCGGAUAUUUUCUCUCUCACAAAAUGAUGCAGAUGCAGUCCAAGCACACUGCCGGCUGCAAGGGCAACAUUCUGAUCUGUGCCCUGGCACUCUUCUGGCUGCCGACCACCUGGGCAUUCAACCAUGUCUUUGACAUUCGAGAAGCCCCCAUCGCCAGCGUGCAUGACGCUCUCUUCACACACAGCACCACAUGUCGAGACAUUGUCUCCUCUUUCAUUGCCCGCAUAGAAGAGUUCAACCCCAGCAUCAAUGCGGUCAUAUCACUGAACUCGCUUGCCCUCUCAACUGCCGACCAUCUUGACCAGAGACUUGCAGCAGGCAAUAUCACGGGCGCACUGUUCUGUGUCCCGGUUCUGCUCAAGGACAAUUACGAUGCAGUUGGGAUGAGCACCACAGGCGGGUGUCAGGGUUUGGCCCACAACAAACCUCUGACAGACGCUCCAACGGUCAGGGCACUGAUGGAGGCGGGAGCCGUCAUACUCGGCAAGACCAACCUGCAUGAGAUGGCUUUUGAAGGCCUGACUGUGUCUUCGCUUGGCGGCCAGACUGUCAACCCGUAUGAUCUCACUCGGACUCCGGGAGGAAGCAGCGGUGGGAGCGGUGCUGCAGUCGCCGCAAACUUUGCUGUCCUGGCAACCGGGACUGACACGGUCAACUCCCUCCGCAGCCCGGCGAGUGCGAACUCGUUGUUCAGCUUCCGCCCCACACGAGGCUUGAUCUCGAGGACGGGUGUCAUACCAGUCAGCUCCACGCAGGACACGGUAGGAGCAAUGGCGCGCAACCCCAGCGACCUCGCUGUGGCAUUGACUGUCAUGGCCAGUGUCGGCUUGGAUCAUCGGGACAAUGUCACUGCCUUGACGCCGAGCCAGGUCCGACACCAAGAUUACUCGGCGUCUCUGUACGGUGGCGAUCUAAAAGGAUUGCGCUUUGGCUUGCUGCACGGCUUCUUCAACCACACCCCCUCGGCCGAGACGACGCCUGUCAACGAUGUCAUGGCAAGCAUGGUGGCCAAGCUCACCGCAACUGGAGCCGAAGUCAUCAACAUCACGGAGCCCCUCUAUGACACGCUCGCUAUUGCCAAAUUAGACGUGCAGGCUUUUGAGUUCAAGGACUUACUUGACGCUUACCUCGCGCUCGCAACUGCCAACCACACCUCUCAAAGCCCCGAAGUCCAGCACCCAACGAGCUUCGACGAGUUAUACACCACUGGCAGCACCAACUUUCUAGUCAUUCCAGCUCAGCACCACUUCAUCAAGAAAGCAUGGCAUUCAUCAGCCCGCGACGCUGCCUACCUCGAAACACAAGGCCGCAUCCAUGAAUUGACGCGCGCCCUCGAAAGCACAUUCGCAACAAACAACCUAGACGCCAUCAUCUACCCCGAGCAGAAGAACCUUGUCGUCAAGAUCGGCUCGCCCUCCCAGAGCGGGCGGAACGGGAUUUUGGCCGCCCUGACAGGACACCCUGUCGUCUGUGUACCUGCGGGUUUCUCAGCCCCCUCAGACGAUGCUCCGCUCGGUGUUCCGAUCGGCAUGGAGAUCCUCGGCCGGCCGUGGAGCGAGGGCAUGUUGCUUAACAUUGCAAGCCACAUCAGUGAGCUCGUCCCGGUGAGGAGGAUGCCGCCGUUUGCCAACGGAACCGUGGAGCCUAGGGAAUACGAGGGCGUGCCGUCCAUUAUGCCGGACGCGGGUAACAUACCCGCGGCGUACCCACUCGGGGCUUUCUGAGAGUUAACGAGACACACAUGAGGCUCAUGGGCUACAUGGCAAGGGAACAGGACUGGGCUCCUUCCACACAAGGACACAAAGACGAGAGCCAAUGUUGGAUGUUCAGUUUUGUAUCAAACACCAAGUUCGCAUCUCGUGCGAGCACAUCUCUCGCCUCCUCAAAGGCACACUCCUCAGUGAGGCCAUGUCCGAAUCC